UUUACUAUUUAUCAUAAAACAGCUGAUCUGGAUAUUAUAUCGGAUAAAUACGUUGCUUAUUUUUUGCAAAUACGUCAAAGAAUUGGUGUUUGUUAAAAAGAUGAACCACAUGAGUUUUGUUUAUAUUUAAUUAAAAAAAAAUUAAAACGUUUUGCCUCUAAUAAACCAAGUGGCUUACUGCAAAUAUUUAAAUUGUUUAUAAAUUUGGGAUGGAAAUGUGAAAAUAUCUAAUUUUACAUUAAAGCAACUUUAUUCAACAGACGAUUCGUAGAAAGACAUCACAGAUCGACAGAAUGUCAACUGUUUUGGUAACAGGUGGCACUGGCCUCGUAGGAAGAGCUCUGGAAGCCAUAAUAAACCAAGAGAAACCAGAAAAUGAAGAAUGGCAUUUUGUUGGGAGCAAAGAUGCCGAUUUAACGAAGUUGGAUGAGACUCAAUUGUUGUUUGCAAAACAUAAGCCCACUCAUGUAAUACAUUUGGCUGCAAUGGUUGGAGGAUUAUUUCAUAAUAUGAAUAAUAAUUUAGACUUUCUGCGCAAAAACUUGCAAAUUAAUGAUAAUGUUUUGCAAACAGCUUACGAAUACAAAUGCGCAAAAGUUGUUUCGUGUUUAAGUACAUGCAUAUUUCCAGACAAAAUUACUUAUCCUAUUGAUGAGACUAUGAUACACAAUGGACCACCGCAUUCCUCCAACUAUGGUUAUUCGUAUGCGAAACGUCUAAUCGAUAUACAAAAUCAUGCUUAUUACGACAAACACGGUUGUAUGUUUACCUCUGUGAUACCAUGCAAUAUUUUUGGUCCCCACGAUAACUACAAACCGGAUUCCAGUCAUGUUAUACCUGGCAUGAUUUUUCGUAUGCAUAAGUUACUUUACCACGAUGCCGAUACGGCAGAUAAAGAUAAAAUAUUUAAUGUAUACGGAUCGGGUAAACCGCUGCGUCAAUUUAUUUAUUCUCUAGACUUGGCGAAGCUAAUGAUUUGGGUUUUACGAAAUUACAAUUCCAUCGAGCCUAUUAUUUUGAGUGCGGAUGAAGAGCAAGAAGUUACCAUUUACGAGUUAGCCGAAGCCAUAGCUAACGCUUUUGCAUUUAAAGGUCAAUUGGUAUGCGAUACUAAUAUGGCCGAUGGCCAGUAUAAAAAAACCGCGUCCAAUAGCAAGUUACGCAGCUUCUUACCUGAUUUUCAAUUCACCAAUUUUGAAGAUGCCAUUAAGAUGAGCGUUCAAUGGUACAUCGAUCAUUACGAAGAGGCCAGAAAAUAGUAAAGAAAAUUAUUAAGGAAAAGAAGGAAUAACACAACACAACCUUUAAAACUAAGUCCAUAUGGCGUAUUUUGCCAUCAGCGCACAACAACGAUUUGAAAAAUCAUAUUUUAUGUAUAUUUCUUUCUUAUUAAAAAAAAAAAAAAUUAAAUUAAAUACUUAAU